AUGGAGCGUCUGCUACUUGCCCGCUUCCCACUUCUUCCAAUCCUGCUAUUGCGGCCAACAAUAUUCGGGCCUGCAUUCAGGCACCCCUAUCCCCUGUAUGGAUCUGAAGACUCCACCCCACUCACCAAGUUCACGCGACUUUGGUUUUCUGAUCGGGGUGUCACUCAAGUUUGGCACGCAACCGAGGGUUAUACCACCGGCACCAACAUCCUAGACGAGAUGCCGGUGGACUUCGUUGCCAACGCGUGCUUACUACACGCAGCAGCGCGCACGACAGGUAUCGUCCAGAUUGGGUCUCAGCUUUAUCAUCCCGUCACCUUCGACCAAGUCUUUCGGUUGGGCUUGGAGAAUGCCGCACCAGACGUCCAACGAGAGUUCCCGAAGAUUACUUUCACACAGGACCGAAGUACCCCUCAAUGUUUCCUUGCUGAGUUGAUCCAGGUAGGAACACGAAACUGGUUGUUUGACUGUGGGCGGUCUUACUGGCUCAAGCAGGUUGGUGGGCCGUUGAGCAUACAGGCCUGCAAGCAUGAGGCGGAUAGUUGGAACUUGGUCCGAACGCACGAUGUCCUUGGCACUGUAAAGGAGAGAGCCCGUAUCUGA